CCGAUCAGAGCGAGUUCAGUGUCGAUCUGUGCGAAAUUCAAUAAGGAUUCCGAAAAUGAACUGCGUUACCUGGGUGAAAUCCGCGGUUGCGUGGGUGUUUUGCAUCGCGUGCAUUUGUUACGGGGUUAACGGUCAAAGCGCGUUGAAGGCGUACUGUUUCGAGUUCACGUGGCUCGGCCCCACAUUCACCAAUGAAACCAUCGUGAACAACGCAACCUGCGAGGAGAUACCCAAUUCUCCCUCCGUCUGCCAGGACCCUCUUGUUUACACAUAUGACGGCACUCCACCCAACUUAACAAACAUGUGGGUUGACUCAGAGUUGAGAACUAGAACCACUUGUGAGCUUUCCAAAGGAGAAGUCUGUGCGAAGUGGACAUUUGAGUAUAACAAUUUCUUGGAGAACGUGACGUAUUUGUGCACGAAGGUGACAGUGGACAGCAAGUGGCCGAUGACGAGCGGCUGCAAAGUGCAAAACCGAGGCGGCCGGCGGAUCGAGGUGUGCGCGUGCGAGACGCAGCCCGGAACUUCGGGCUCGCUCGUCUUCCCCUGCAACGCGGGCCCACCAUCCCUCCACCAGGCGGCUCCACUGCUGCUGCUGGCCGUCGUGGGGGUGCUCACCCUGCUCACCAGAUAGCCACCCCCGUCCGUUCGUCGUCCGCUCUAGUGUGCGUCCCUUUCUUAUUUGCCUUAUUUAUUAUUUUGCACGGAUACGUGCUCGCUCCGUGCCACCCGCCCUGCUGCUGAAUGAUGCAGCCACCCCAUGUGAAUUAUUCACCCCUGCAGAAUACAAAAAGAGACGCGAGUGAAAAGAAUAAGAGGAACGCACCGAUGAAUUAUUUUCUUGGGUGCGCCGGCCCUUUUCGAGCCAUUAAAUUCAAACGUGGCUUCAAAAGGGUCAGUGAAAAAUAGUUUGGGGGGCUGCAGGUCUAUUUACCUGAGUCAGCAUAAUUAAAAUGAAUGUGAUUGUCAACUAAGCUCAAUGGUAAUGUAAUCAAAUUUCUAUGUAAGUUAAUAAAUAAUUAAAUACUCUCUUAUCAACAUUUAUUUGUGUAUGUGGUUUUACCACUA